CCCUGCGUUCAGUUUUUGUCAGGAGUUCGGGCUCGCGAGUUUCUUCCGGCGGCAGGAACUCUAACGCUCUUCACGGAAGUAGAGUUGUUUUUUUGGCUUUUUUUUUUCUUUGCCGUUGUGGCCGCCCGCAUUCCUUCCCUCCCACCUCGCGGAAUUGUGGCGGGAGGGGGAGGAGGAAGCCAAAGCGCCUGCGCGGAGAGGCCGCUUUCCAUCCGGGUCCCUGUCCGUGCGGUGCAGCAGGUCGGUAGGCGGGAAAUGGCGACUGGCUGAAGGAGCUGGUUCUGUUGCUGCUGCUGGCUAAGCGGGAAAGACACCACACAUUGCGCAGUCGGGACCAUCGCCGGAGUCUGAGGACACUUCUCUGUCGUCACAGUUAGAGUUUUACAUGUGGCACCUGUAAAAGAUGAGGCUGAGAACACGGAAAGCUUCUCAGCAAUCAAAUCAAAUCCAAACACAACGCACUGCCAGAGCAAAGAGGAAAUAUUCGGAGGUUGAUGAUAGCCUGCCUUCAGGAGGAGAAAAACCACCGAAGAAUGAAACCGGCUUGUUGUCUUCAAUUAAAAAAUUCAUUAAAGGAAGCACACCCAAGGAAGAGAGAGAAAAUCCUUCGAAACGGAGUAGAAUUGAACGUGAUAUAGAUAACAAUUUGAUCACAUCAACACCAAGAGCAGGAGAAAAACCUAACAAACAGAUAUCUCGAGUAAGACGGAAAAGUCAAGUAAAUGGAGAAGCUGGUAGUUAUGAAAUGACAAAUCAACAUGUAAAACAAAAUGGAAAAUUAGAAGAUAAUCCUUCCUCUGGCAGUCCUCCAAGGACUACAUUGUUGGGGACCAUAUUUUCUCCUGUCUUCAACUUUUUUUCACCAGCAAAUAAAAAUGGAACAUCUGGAUCUGAUUCCCCAGGACAGGCUGUGGAAGCUGAAGAGAUAGUAAAACAGCUUGAUAUGGAACAAGUGGAUGAGAUCACUACUAGUACUACUACAUCAACUAAUGGAGCAGCUUACUCAAAUCAAGCAGUUCAAGUGAGGCCAUCGAUAAAUAAUGGUUUAGAAGAAGCAGAAGAAACAGUUAAUCGUGAUAUCCCACCCCUUACAGCACCAGUAACUCCAGAUAGUGGUUAUUCAUCAGCCCACGCAGAGGCCACCUAUGAAGAAGACUGGGAAGUAUUUGACCCCUAUUAUUUCAUCAAACAUGUUCCACCACUGACAGAAGAACAACUAAAUAGGAAACCUGCUCUUCCAUUGAAAACGAGAAGCACACCAGAAUUCUCCCUAGUUUUAGACUUGGAUGAAACACUAGUACACUGUAGUUUAAAUGAGCUAGAAGAUGCAGCACUUACUUUUCCAGUCCUUUUCCAAGAUGUCAUUUAUCAGGUUUAUGUGAGAUUAAGGCCAUUCUUCAGGGAAUUCCUGGAACGAAUGUCUCAAAUGUAUGAGAUCAUUCUUUUUACUGCUUCUAAGAAGGUGUAUGCAGACAAGUUACUGAACAUACUAGACCCUAAAAAGCAACUGGUCAGGCACCGGCUUUUCCGUGAACAUUGUGUUUGUGUACAAGGAAACUAUAUAAAGGACUUAAAUAUCCUUGGAAGAGAUCUUUCAAAAACUAUAAUAAUUGACAACUCACCACAAGCCUUUGCAUAUCAGCUAUCUAAUGGAAUCCCUAUAGAAAGCUGGUUUAUGGAUAAAAAUGACAAUGAACUUCUAAAAUUGAUUCCAUUUCUGGAGAAGCUUGUAGAACUGAAUGAAGAUGUUCGACCUCACAUCAGAGACAGAUUUCGCUUGCAUGAUUUGCUGCCCCCAGAUUAAGUACAAAGACUUGUCAAAUCACUGAAGGGGGAGAGAAUGCAGGACCCUUUUGGACUAAGACUAAAACAUUGCCAUUACUGUUGAAAUUUUGCAUUUUUGUACCCCGUCUUGCUUUUCUUAUCUUUGGUGCCCAAUAAUAAUCAAGGGUUACAGAAAGAGACUUUAUCUCAGAUUGAAUACAUACAGUAGGUAGGCUAAAACAGAAGAGUCUUUAGAACUAGUGCAACUCCAGUGAAUUUUUUUAUGUACAGGACAUCUGCAGUUUAUAAAGAAUUCUGUUUCUGCCACCAGCAGUUUGACCUGUAGUCACACAGGAUUUUAUGAUAAUAACAGAGAUGAAAAUGGACUUUUAUUUUCUCUCUGUUUGGUGCUCUAAGUGGGUUUGUAGCCACUUUUCUGUUACUUUAAAAUUCUCAUUUCAACAGGAAUGGCCAGUAAAAGUUGUUUUAUUUUUCCUGUUAAGGUUUAUAACCUUUUUACAUUUUUGACCUGUAUUAGAUUAGAAUUUCAUUAUGCAUUCCUUUUAGUUGAGGCGCUUCAUAGUUUUCUGGAAAUAGUCAAUUUUUAGUUUUUUUAUUAUACAUUUGAAUGGCCGUUUUCCUGCUUUGUCUGCCUGCAUAUUGUAUAUUUGUUUAAAAAUAUUCUCUACUUUUAGUCCAUGUAAGUUUCAUUUAGAAAGACAUGCAUUUAUAUUUUGUUUCUGUAAUAUCCUACUGUAGGUGAAAUCUUUUCAAAAAUCAAGAGACUGGGUAGAUAAGAAUAUAUGAAUGACUAAUAUUCAAAAGAUUUAAACCAUUGUGAUGGCAUGUGUUCCCAAGUGGUAAUAUCUUGCAGUGGCACACAGAUGUAAUGGAUAAAGGUAUACCUCAGACUUCACUGUGCUCACCAAUCUUUGAGGAGAAUGGGUUUGGUCACCUGUUGGGCUUGAUUUGGUUACUGUUGCCUUUGGUUUUCUCCAGGAAUGAAGUAUUCAGCACAGUGAUUCAGUAUUUUUAGUUAUUUUGCAUGGGCUGGUAGUACCUCUGUUAUGCUCUCGGUUACAAUCAAUUUAAAACUGUGUAACAGUCUUGGUACAUUACAGUAGCUAUGCAUUAUCCUGUGGCACAGUAAACUCCCAAGCCACCAAUGCAGUUAAUAUGCUCUCAUAGUGGUUUUCUAUGCUAUAUAAAAAUAGUCUUCAAGCCUUGGUUCUCUAAUGCAGCUACCACAAGAGGUUGAUAUUUUUAUAGUGGUGUGUAAUCUCCUUUUCGGGAGGCUUUUUAUGGAAGGUAGAAUUUGUAAAAGUUAGUAUGCUUUGCCUCUCGACUGCAUUAACAUGCCACAGGCUCAGACUGUUUUCGUGUAAAGGAUGUCAAAGAACGGCACUUUUUCUAAAGAGAAGUUUGAUAUUUUGUAUGCUUGUUAAGAAAGUACAGUAUUGGAAAUUAAAGGUGGACAACUGAUAAUUGAGGAGUAUGUCACUUAAUUUUUUAUGUAUAUUACCUGUUUACUUGUACAACUUAUUGUACAAAUUACAUGCAGCUUCAUUUUCAAAUGAAUCCUUAAAAUAAGGAAAUCUUUUUAGGAAAACAUUUAAUUUUUGUAUUUUUGAUUUUAAAGGCAUGAGUUAUGUCAGUUUUCAGUGUAUUAAUGAAGAUUUUAACUUUUCAUCAGGUUGAGUGUUUUCUUACUAUAUUAUCUGUUGUGUAUGUAGUUAGCAUAUUGUGUCACUGAACUGUUUAAAAAUCUAGCAUGUAGAGCAAGCCUGUUUUGUGGAAAAUCUUUAUUCAUUAAAAAAAUAAUCAUGGCAGAUUUUCUGCAAAAAAAAAGCAGAAGCAUUUGCAAUUCAGAAUACUGGGGGUUUUUUGUUUGUUUUUGUUUUAAUUUAAAGAAAGGUAUUUUGCUUGCAGGAAAAAAUACUACAGAUUCAUUUUAAUGAGAAUCUUUGAAAUGUAUUUAUCUUUAGGGCAUCUGGGCAUCUUUAUGCUGUUUGUCUUCUGUCUUUCUUGAAAUAAAAUGUACAUACGUUACCUUUACAUAUGCUCUUGCUCAAAAUUGUGAACCUAGUUACAUUUCUCUUUGCUCCCUUUUUAUGUUCAAACAGCAGAACCCAAAACCUAUACCAGAUCCAAACUUUCAGCAUGCAUUAUAAUUGCUGAAAGCUUUUCUGAUUAAAUACUGUCUCAAAGGGCUUUCCCAUAACUAAAAGGAAAAUGUAAGCACCUGUAUAUACCACUGCACCUGUGGGCAUUUAAAUAACACCAACUUUUACCAUCUUUUAUUAUUGAUAAAGUUGUUUUUGAUCCCCUGAUAGAAGAGUUCCUUUAAGUCAACUGACAGGUGAAUUAAACCAAACAGGAUUCUGUAAAGAAAUAAACUAAGGAAAAUUUUAUAUAGCCUGAGAAAAUUUCUUGAGAUCAAUUUAAUAUAUUUUUCAUUACUUUAUUUGAGUCACUUAAAAUUUGUUGUUAAUACAAAAUUUAAAAUAACUUAUAAAGACUUAUCCAGCUUCCUUCCAUCCUAAUGUUUUAUUACCCCUUCUUUUCCUUUAUCUGUUGGUAGAUGUUAUCUUAAACACUUCCAUUAGUUAAAUGGAGGUGUUUAUGAAUUGAGGUGUGCCCAGCCCCUUCAGUUCACACAGGAAACUUGAACUUUUAAAAACUGACUAUAGUAAAUGCAGGAGAGAUGGUUACCUGAUAAGACACAGAAAAAGUGACCUAUAUACACAUUACAACUCUGAAGUACAGACUAUAAUUGUGAUAUUUCCAGUAAUAAAUGUCUGACUUUUAAGACAUUCUUUUAAAUAUUUGUAUUAUUGUUAGGAUGUUUUAAUCAGUUGUGUUUUUUAAUUCCAUGUAAUAUAUGUAGCCCUAAUCGGAUUUAUAUCACCAUAUGUCUCCUUGGGUCUUAAAAGAGAGUCGGUAACAAUUUGAAAGCAUAAAUUGUUUUAUAUUAGUUAGUAUGUAUAUUUAUUUACCCGAUGGCUUUAUCUUGUUUCCCAAAAUUUGGGGGGAAUUUGUUGAAAGCAUUGUAACUCCUAUAAAUGGCUAUUUUCUUGUAACUGUCAGUGGAAAUGGAUGUGUACAUUGUUUUUUUAUAUUUCUCUGGUUUUCUGGUUUGUUUAUUUUUGGGGGUUCUUUUCGGGGGGGAGCUGGUUAAACAUAGAAUCGUUUAAAAAAAGUUGUCUUUGGCCAAUGACUUUCUCAGCUAGAUACUACUUUCAUUCAACCAUCUAAAGAAGUUUGUUUUUCAUUGUUUUGUUCAGUCAGCUUGUUGCCUGAAAAACUGAGAGACUUCAUCUCAUCAAUGAAGAAAGCAUUUCAUUAUUCCUACAAAUCUUUACAGCGAGCACAGACUUCUUCAUGAGGACCAGAUCUCUUCCACAUCUUGUGUCAGUCACAUAAAGCUGAAAUGUAAAGGACACUGAAGCCUUCAUUUAAUUGUACUAACAUGAUGGUGUUAUAUACUGCAUCAUUAGCUAGUUAAGGUUUUCUGACCUGACUUCUCUUUGUCUUCCUAGGUAUUUAUUUGUUACCUCUUUUAAUCUUGUGUAUCUAAAUUAACUUAGUGUUAAUAGUUACCCACCGAAUAACUAUGCCAAGCAACUAGGAAAGAAUGUUUAUUUUAUUUCCCCUUAUAGGGGAAGAGUGGACUGGGAACAAAAAUGUAUGGGCCAAAAGGCCUUAGGUUGUCAUUCAUUCACUUUCUUAUUCCUCUCAUGAGCUACAUUUGAGAAUAGUAUUUUUUCAGUGCUGUUGUGCUUGAUUAUGUCAUUACUUUUCAUGUCUUCCCCUGAGUUAAAAGCUUGCUAGGAACCUGUAUAAAAUACAUUUUAAAAUUUCAGAAUAAGAAUCACAGAACUCAAUAUCUUAUAUUUAAAUGCUACUUUUAAAUUAUUAUUGGAAUCCAAGUCUCACUCACUAGGAUACAUUUUUAUAAAAUGUUUCUCUGUAUCUUGAAUUGAAAUUACUUGCCCAGAGGCAAGAGUUCCAGGAUUAUAAUGCAUUUUGAGAAAAUUUUUAAAGGGGGAUGAGAGCAACAAGUUUAUACUUAGUUACUUUAUGGUUUUGAUAUUAGUUAUUAGUAUUUUAAAAUACAUCAGUGGGUCCCAAACUUGACUCUUCAUUAGAAUGACUCUGGAGCUUUUGAAAUACAGAUUCCUGAGGCCUGGCCUCUGCAAAAUUAUCUCACUGGGUAUAGAGUGGGGCCUGAGAGUUCUAUGUUUUUUAAAAGCUCUCCAAGUGAUUCUAACGGCCAGGUUUGAGAAAUCACUGCUUUAAAUAAUGUGACAGUGGUUUGAAAGUUGAGAGUAGGUAACAAAAUAAAGUUUAUCAGACAUCUCUUUGUGGUACAGUUUUCUUUUUUUUAACUGGGACCAUAUUUCACAGAACUUAUUCAAGAUACAUGGAGGAAUAAUAAAGAAGAUUGAGGCUACUGCUCAUUAUCAUUCUUGUCUUUCAUACUUUUUAAGAGUUUGCAUUUCUAGCACUUGGAAUAGUUGAUCAUAUACACAGCUGAAGGACAUAUCCCUGAAUGAGACCAUUAUAUAUAUAACUGUAAAAUACUUCACUAUUUUUUUAUUUUAUAAAUCUUUGUAGAAAUAAGCAAUUAAAUACUUUCAUCUUUUGAAAUGGGAUUUUUCAAGGCAGUGUCCUUUUGGCAUUAAGGUAGAGGGGAGAUAAUAUUCUCUCUGCCUUUUUCCACAUGAAUCAAUAUAAAGUCAUAGACAUUUAAAAUUUUCAAUUUAAUUUCUACAUAUUUACUAUGCAGUAUAGCCGUGAACAAGUAAUGUAGAUUUAGUUUUCUCAUUUUCAAAUGCCCUGAUCACCCUACCUCACAGGGUUGUUGUGGGGAUAAAUAAAACUUUUAUGGAAGCA